AUGGCGGGGUCUUUCAUACAUUUCAUCGUCCUCCAGGCUAUUACUACCUCGACCUUGCUGCUCCGAUCCGUGGCGCAGAAUGUCUCACUGGCGGUCGAUCCCGAUGCCUUGGAUCCUCUGCAGACAUGUAACCGUGGGUAUGGACGAAUGGUCGUCGUGGACAACAUAGUCUAUAUCUACGGGGGAGUAAGCAUCAUUUCGAACGGCACGACCAAUACCUUGUGGAUACUCAACCGCUACCUCCGCAUUGUGGACUUGUCGACCACGCGCAACUUGUCCGAUCCUUCUCUGAUCACCGCCGAACCUCUUCCCGAUUUUGUGCCUACUUUCGACGAGGGCGCCUUCUGGGAGGAUGGCCGGAAGCUCUACGUCGUGGCUGGUCUGCAGGGGUGCUGGUAUCACCUCACGGAACAGGGAUCGUUCGUGGACUCGGACUGGAGCCUGGCGGACCUGUCGGGCCAAAGCAUAUACUAUUACGAUGUCGACUUGGGCCAAUGGUCCGUGGAUACUGCGCUGCAAAACUAUUCGCAGACGGGGCUACCCAUGGACGGGACAUUCUCUUGGAACUAUCUCGGUUGGAACUCGCGCCUUGCAAUAGGUUACGUCCACAACGGCAUCAGGGCCGCGGGACACGCGCGCUUGAACCCCAACACCGAUGUAUACACGCUCGACCCCGGAGUUCCUCAGAUCGGGGAAAAGUUUAUCGCGUCCUUCAACACCAGCGACUGGACUUGGACCAACAAGACUAUCUCGUCCGAGCUUGUACCGGAGUGGAGUGAACGUGGCAACUUGGUCUUUCUCCCUGGAACUGAGUCAAACACGGGUGGACUGGCCGUCGCACUGGGGGGUGACACAAGACCUGAAACCCAAUAUUUGAGCUUGAGACGAGUGGUCAUGUACGAUACGGGGGCAGACGAGUGGUUUGAGCAAGACACCACCGCCGAAGGGGGAACGUAUCCCGCGCCGCGCGCCUCCUUCUGUGCUGUCGCCAUGAGCGCGGCGGACGGCAGCAGCCACAAUAUCUAUGUAUAUGGUGGACUACAAGCAAGUAGCGACGACGCGCUUGGUGAUAUCUGGAUCCUCACACUUCCUGCCUUCCAUUGGAUUCCUGUCAGCACGAGCUCGGUACCGCGGUCUGCACCUGCCUGUGCCGUGGUGGCAGAUAGGUAUCUGGUCACAUAUGGUGGCAUGUAUCAAACGAUCGAAUGGCCGAUCCCGGCCAGAUACGACUGGCCAUGCGAUCAAGCGCAAUCUGGCCUUAGGCUCUUCGACCUGACACACCUAAAUUGGACAUCGACUUAUGAAGCACCGCCUCAGCAGUCCUCGGUGACACCCAAAUCUCCAACGACGUCGAAUUUAUAUGCUAUCCCCAGCCAAGUGUACAGCAUCAUCGGCGGGGAUGCAGGUGGCGGUGCUACAGUGACCGCCCCCAGUACCGGAUUUGGGACGAACACUGCACUCGCAUCGAUAUUUGCCAACGCCGUCAAAGUGUCGAGCUCUUCCAGCAGCACAGCUUCCGUGACAGCUACGGCCACAAGCGCCGGCAGCACCACCGGGUCACAUUCAAGCCAUUCCCAUGCCGGGGCCAUUGCCGGUGGUGUGGUGGGUGGUGUCGCCGGCCUGGUGAUUAUCCUUAUUGCCGGCCUAUGGUUCGUCCGCCGGAGAAGAAGGAUGACUAGCACUCCUGAUGCCCGUGAGGUGAGCAAGGGUCCACAUGAGGUUGACGGUAUUAGCUUGCGGAAGGUCGACAGUACGGGAAAAUACGAGGUUGAUGGGAAUGCGAGGCACGAAGCUGAUGGAAGUGAAAGGCAAGAAGCUGGUGAAAGUGAAAGGCGAGAAGUUGAUGGAAGGGAAAGGUACGAAGCUGAUGGUAUGGAGACAGCCAGACCGGCGAGUCUUCUUACUCAUGAGCUCGAGGCGCCUAUCAGAUAA